AUGCCUUCAAAAGUAAACACAAGCUUUCAAAUUGCCAAAGGACCGUGGAACAACUUUGAAGAUGGACUUCUUCGUUGUUUGGUAAAUCAAUUUAGAACACUUCAUAAAAAUCAUCAGAUAUCUUGGGUGAUUAUCGCAAAAGAAAUGCAAACUCGUACAUCUAAACAAUGUCGAGAAAGAUGGUUGAAUCACCUAGAUGAUUCAAUUGACAAAUCUCCGUUAACCGAAAACGAGGAGAAGUGUAUUCGACAAGCGAGGCAAUUUCAACCUAAUCUGACUUAUGUUCAAAUCGCAAAAAUGUUACCUGGACGUACUCCAUUAAUUGUUAAAAAUUUUAUUUACCGAGAAAGAUUUAAAACGAGAAGUUCUUCCUUACGAAUUCAACGAAAGAUGUCUAUUAAUUAUAUCAGAUAA